ACUAUAUAUUGAAGAAAGAGAGAGAGAGAUUUCAGAAAUUUUUAUUCUUAAAUACUAAGAAAGUAACUUUGUAGUAAGUUACUUUGUAGUAACUUUUUACUAAGUAAUUUUGUUUAGUACAAGUGCUGCGUUUAUUUAGAUAAUAAUAAAUAUAUUGCUCUAGCAGUAAAAUGGAAUCUAGUAAAUCCGAAUCUACACCGAAGGCCAUGGUAUACAUCUGCGGAGAAUGCCAUAAUGAUAAUGAAAUUCGUCAAAAGGAUCCAAUUCGGUGCAGGGAAUGUGGAUAUAGGAUCAUGUACAAGAAGCGCACCAAGAGACUUGUUGUAUUUGAUGCACGAUAAACACUCGAUUGACUAAAUGACAAAAAUGCAAUGCGAUAUUAAGGUUAUAAGUGACUGAGAUAUUAUGUGAUUGAUAUAACAUAAGGGCUAUUUAAUUCAUAAUAAUGUAAUACACAGUGUUAUCGGAAAUUAACUUUUUAUUCCUGUUGCACAUUGCCUGUGUUCCUAGAGUUGUACUUUCGUUCUUGCAAGAUCUCAAUACAGAGUCAAGAAUGUUACAAUCUCUGGGUCACAAUAUGUAGAUAUUCCACCUCUGGAUGGAAUCGCAUCUGUAUAUCGAUUUAGAGUGCACAAUAUAUAAAAUCCUUUAAGCAA